AUGGCAAAAUCAUCAGAGGUACUAUGGCAAUCGUCUGAGGGCGAUCGGAACUAUCCGAGUCACUGUUUUGUAGGAAAUCUAGCCAGAUCUCGUGACGGACGCAAGCGCAAAAGGAUCGUAAGCUGUUCCAUCCUUCUGCCACUUUUUCCUGGUGAGCGAUUUGAAUUCACGUUGUCCACUUUUGUCGAGAAUGCGACCAGUCCUAAGUUACACCGAAGUGUCGUCUUGACUCCAGCGUUCGACAUGACCGGAUUCGGGCUCAGCCUUCAGGAGUCACAGAACGGUGUGAAGCUGUCCUGGCCUCAAAGUGACGUUUUCAUGUCGAGAAUGCGCGACAUAUGGAAUAAGGUGGUUGGCCCGAAGUCUCAGCUUCAAAUGCGAUUGUUUCCUGCUGACGGUCAUGACAAAGGAACCCGCUUGCAGGGUGAUCCUCACGGGGCGGCUCCGCUCGUCGUGGGAGCUCUGAAAAAGGGCACCUGUUACAAGGUGCAAAUAUUUACGGUGACCAAGUCGGGCAUCGUCUCAGAAACGAGGUACAACGACUUCUUUCGUAUGUCAGCGCCUCCUGUGAACAUCUCCGUCCAUGCCAUCACGAGAAGUUCUGCCGUUCUUCAUGCCGCUCUCAUUUCUCCUGACGAGGCUGAUCCAGAUUGUGUACUGAACGCUGUCGUGCUGGACAUGCAUUCCCACGUGGUGCUUGACAAGACUCCAAAAACUUUUACGCCUAUUGAACUCAACGGAUUGCGCCCUUUCCACAAGUAUACUGUAAACUCCAAGAUCACCUGUUCGUCGGGACCCUCCGACUGCAUCCCGUCGUCACGCACCAUUCGGCAGUUGACAUUCUCCACCAUGCAGGACAGGCCAGGACCGGUUCUAUCUCUUUCAGCUCGUCCGUUGAAUCCGUACUCGGCUCAGCUCAUGUGGCUUCCACCAGCAUUACCCAAUGGGAUAUUGACGCAUUAUGUUGUGGACGUCAAAUCGGAGGAUAACCUCAGCGAUUCACGUUCAUUGAAUGUAGGAGUCAGUACAGAUCGAGCCGACCAUUUUGUGGAGACCAUCAUUGACGGGCUACUGGGCGGAGAACGAUACAACUUCACGGUACGUGCCGUGACUGAAGCCGGUACAGGAGAACUGCCAUCUGUCCCGCUUGAACCCGUGAAGAUGCCGAUUUUAGCCCCGCCUCGUUCUUCUACGGUACCCCUGGUGAUAGCCGAGUCCAUCACCAGCCAUUCGUUAACCGUCAAAUAUUCAUCAACGAUGUUCAACAACAAGCACGGGAAAAUAAUCAGAAGUGUUUUGCUUGUCGCUGAAGUCACUGAAGACGGUCAGAUCAGCGAGACAUGGAUGAACGUUGAAAAUGUCACCUAUACAUGGAUGCAGGUGCAGCGCUUUGACGUGUGGCCACUGUACGCAGCUGCUGUAGAUGAAAUCAGCACACGCGGAGCACCAUCGCUCAGCCAG